AUGAGGAGAGAGCUGAAUAGGAAUUACUCAGAGGUGACUGAGUUCAUUCUGCUGGGGUUUAGAACCUCUCCAAAGCUACAGAUCCUCUUGUUCUUAAUGUUCUUGAUCAUCUACACAGUGACUGUACUGGAGAAUGUCAGUAUGAUAACUGUCAUUAAGAUGGACUCCAGACUGCAAACACCUAUGUAUUUCUUCCUUAGAAACUUGUCCUAUUUAGAUCUCUGCUAUUCCACAGUCAUUGCUCCAAAUAUGUUAGCCAACUUCUUGAGUACUGAAAAGAAAAUUUCAUACAAUGGUUGUGCAGUCCAAUUUUUCUUCUUUGUCUUGUUUGUCACAAUUGAAGGCUUUCUUCUGUCUGUGAUGGCAUUUGAUUGGCUCUCAGCCAUUUGCUCCCCUCUCCUUUACCCUGUGCAGAUAUCCCACAAAGUUUGUGCUCAGUUGGUAGCUGGAUCCUAUGUCGGUGGAUGCAUCAACUCCAUAGUGCAAGCAUGUUUCACCUUCAAUUUGCGUUUCUGUGGAGAAAACAGACUGGACCACUUUUUCUGUGAUGUCCCAGCCCUGCUCAAGAUCUCCUGUGUUGACACUUUUGUGAAUGAGUUUGUGCUCUUUAUUCUCUCUGCUUUCAUCAUCAUCACCACCACCACUGUCAUUCUGGUUUCUUAUGUAUGUAUCCUCUCCACUGUCCUAAAGAUCCCUUCUACUCAAGGCAGGUCAAAGACUUUCUCUACCUGUGGCUCCCAUAUAUCGGUGGUGAGUUUAUUCUAUGGAACUUUGUUCUUCAUGUAUGCCCAACCUGGGGCCAUCUCCUCACCAGAGCAAAGCAAGAUUAUAACUGUGUUCUACAUUCUUAUAAUACCAAUGCUGAACCCUCUAAUAUACAGUCUGAGAAACAGAGAUGUGAAAGAUGCUGUGAAGAGAAUAUGA